AUGUCUGUAACGAAACAUUUGCCAAUACAGCCAUAUCCGGGUAUUCACAGCGCAGUUGGAAGCGAUGCGCACGAUCACGCAGGCAGCGGAAAUGCGACUGCGAAGGAGUGUUCCAAGGGGCUCAAGAUAAGGACGUCGAGACACUGGGUGCUGCCACCUAGACCCAAGCCGGGGCGCAAGCCCAACCAUUCGCAUGAUAGUUCAAAAAAGAAGAAGCAGGCCCAAAGCCAGACCCAAAGCCAGGUGCGAACGCAGGCCCAGACGCCCGUGCCGGAACCAGUGCAGGCGGAAAAGUCGAACAAAGGUCUUCUCAAGAAAGAAAUCAUCUCGAUCAAGUUGGAGAACAACAAGUUGAAAGUGGAGCUGGGCCAGCUGGUCGACAAUCUGCAGGAUCUGAAGCAGAAGUAUAAUCUAGCGAGGCAAAAAAGCCACGACAACGAUCUGAUAAAGGAGAAGGCGAAGCAGAAGCCCAAAGACAAGGCGAGACCGAAAAAAACGACAAACACGAGCAUGAGCGCUAGUGCUGGCACGAAAGCUAAUCCCAAGAAAAGAGAAUACCUUGACGAUUCGACGUUCGCAUUCUUGAAGUUUGAGGACGAAAGCGAUGAAAUGCGUACAGAAUCUGAAUCAGUGGGCUUAUCACCCAUUUUGAUCUCGAACGCAAAGAUGAACUGCACGUCGUCGAUUUCCAGCUGCAAGACAAUCCUAACUGAUGAUGAGGACAUUCUAACGGUGUCGUCAUCUACACCGAAUUCUCUAUUCUCAUCAGAUUUACAGCAUUCCUCUUCGAUUUCGUCCGCUUCUUCCAUCAAUGUGACUGCUGCAUCUACGACGAAUCAUCAAUUGAACAAUAGAGCUUCGCCAGGUAAAAAUACAGUUGCGGCAAGCAAUGAUCUAAGGUUUUUGGACAGCUAUGAACAAAUGCACUUUUAUGACAAAUACAUGUGUGCCGAGCCUGUCGCUCAGCCGGUGCUCGAAGCAGAACACCAGCAUCAGCAGCACCAACCACAACAGCAACAGCAAAGUUUACACUCCAUCAAGGAAGAAGACUCUGAUUUCCCAUUGAUGUCACUUGCAUCAAACGAUAACGAAAACGUUUUGAGUUUCUUACAACAAAACAAUGAUAGCGAAUUACCGUCCUUUACUUCAGAUCCAAGUAAGCCAUGCUACAAUGGCCUUUUUUUUAACUCAAAACCAAGUUACGAAACUGAUGAUUUAUUUCAAAAUAUAUCUGUACCUCAAGAUACUGAUGAUACUUUGAUGACAACAACAACUGCAACAACUGCAACGACUGCAACAACAAGCUUCUACGUUCCUCCCUCAUUAGAGGAAUUGAUGGAAGAACAAGAUGGUGGAACGAAAUUUUUCUCAAUGAUAAAUACUACCACUACCACGGCUACCACUAUUCCCGCUAAUGCUGAUGAUGAUGACGAUGCUUUAAAUUUACAUAAUUACGAUGACGAUUUUGAUAUGUUAAAAGUUGAGGUUUUUGACAUGGUUAACUAA